AUGACCAUCGCCCAAAGAACAGGUCUCAAUUUCCGUCCCCCAUCGACGACCCCUGCUGCUGACCCAAGCUCCUUCGAAUCCCCUCACGUUUCCUUCCUGCAGGGGACAUGGAACGUCACUCACUCGACCCUUCCCAUGUGGAAGAACAACCGCAACGUAACGAUCACGUACACUUCCCUGCCCGAGAACGCCGAGCACCUCGAUGACCUGGUCGAAUACCAACCCUUGAAAAAUGACAAGCACAAGCGGGUCGAAGGCAUCGACACCCCGGACGCCCACACCAAAGCCGCAUACAACUGGCGCGGCAAGGGCCUGUUGAAAGUCGCCUCGAGCCACUGGGAGAUCCUGGGAUACGGGGAAGAAGAGGGCGGCUGGGUGGUCACGUAUUUCGAAAAGACGCUGUUUACACCCGCGGGCAUCGACAUCUACGCUCGGCGCAGAGGCGGCGUGUCCGAGGAGUUGCUGGAGCAGAUCAAGAACGAGAUAAGAGCCAUCAAGCACCACCACAUCCAGAAACUGGCCGAUCAACUCUUUGCCAUCAAACACAAUUGGUGA